AUGGCAAGUUUUUUUCGCCGCCGUAGGAGUUUAAUUGCCAAGAUCGUGUUGACGAUCCCUGCCCUGUGGUUUCUCGGGGUAGUUCUUAUGAAUUAUAAUGAUGUGGAUAGCAAUGGAAAUGUUCGCAAGCGACAGGCUGCCUCCGACCAUAAGGCAGUACCAGCUGACCAGUUUGGAGCUGCUAAUGGUCAUAAUGACAGACUCCAUGCUGUUGACAGAGGAGUUUUAGCACAAAAAAUUCACAAGGAUUUGGGGGGUAAUAAUCGGGGUAAUAAUUUUAUGGAAGAGGAAAAAAUACCAACACCUAUGCCAAAUAAAAUUAAAAAAAAGGAAGAAAAACCAUUAAAAUUCAUACCAAAGGAACAGAAUCGUCCAGAGGUUGACCCUAAUGCUCCAG